AUUGGGCAUCUUUCGGUGAACGCAGAGCCGACUGUGUAGAGCGAAGUGAAGCUGGCGAAACUGGGACUGAUGAUGUGGCGACCGUCACUUCUGCUGCUGAUGUUGCUGCUCAGGCGCGGGGCCCAGGGCAAGCCAUCCCCUGACGCAGGCCCUCAUGGCCAGGGGAGGGUGCACCAGGCGGCGCCCCUGAGCGAGGCCCCUCAUGAUGACGCCCACGGGAACUUCCAAUACGACCAUGAGGCUUUCCUGGGACGGGAAGUGGCCAAGGAAUUCGACCAGCUCAGCCCAGAGGAAAGCCGAGCCCGUCUGGGGCGCAUCGUGGACCGCAUGGACCGUGCAGGGGAUGGGGACGGCUGGGUGUCGCUGGCCGAGCUCCGUGCUUGGAUCGCGCACACGCAGCAGCGGCACAUACGGGACUCGGUGAGCGCGGCCUGGAACACGUACGACACGGACCGCGACGGGCGUGUGGGUUGGGAGGAGCUGCGCAACGCCACCUAUGGCCACUACGCGCCGGGUGAAGAAUUUCACGAUGUGGAGGACGCCGAGACCUACAAGAAGAUGCUGGCUCGGGAUGAGCGGCGUUUCCGGGUGGCGGACCAGGACGGGGACUCGAUGGCCACUCGGGAGGAGCUGACAGCCUUCUUGCACCCCGAAGAGUUCCCUCACAUGCGGGACAUCGUGAUUGCCGAAACCCUGGAGGAUCUGGACAAGAACAAAGAUGGCUAUGUCCAAGUGGAUGAGUACAUCGCGGAUCUGUACUCUGCCGAGCCCGGGGAGGAGGAGCCGGCCUGGGUGCAGACGGAGCGGGAGCAGUUCCGGGACUUCCGCGAUCUGAACAAGGACGGGCGGCUGGACGGCAGUGAGGUGGGCCACUGGGUGCUGCCCCCCGCCCAGGACCAGCCGCUGGUGGAAGCCAACCACCUGCUCCACGAGAGCGACACGGACAAGGAUGGGCGUUUGAGCAAGGCCGAGAUCCUGAGUAACUGGAACAUGUUCGUGGGUAGCCAGGCCACCAACUACGGCGAGGACCUGACCCGUCACCACGACGAACUCUGAGCCCCCCGUGUGCCCACUACAGCCUGUCGCCCCAGGGGAUGACCCGAGGAGGGCCCCCCCCCAUGGUCAGGCCCCUCUCCCCAUCUGGACCUGCAGGGUGUGGAUGCCCGCACCCCGUGCCCCUCUGACCCUGAGCUCUCAGGGACCCACCAGGUCAACUUCUCCAAGACACUGCAGUCCCUUCCAGCCCUUCCCACCCUGGCCCCGGGGGUCUCACAGACCCAAAGGGUAUGUGAACAAUCCAUUUCUCACUGGCAGAAUCGUCCAGCCCAGACCAGGGCCCCCCAUACCAAGCUCGCCUCCACGAGCCUCCACUGACCACCCCAGUGCCCAACCUGAGCCGCACACCACACAGCAGAGAAAUACCCCGCCACCAGCCCCUGACUCGCCCGCCUGCGGGCACUGCCCCCAGAAUGCCUCAUCUCUGCCAGGGUGGCAGUAAAUUUCAGUGCUGGGGCCUUG